GAGGCGCUCCUCGGCCGGCCCUCUCCUCGCUCCCGCUCUUGCCGGGGAGGCUCCACCGCUUUCUGCGGGGAGCGGCGGGUGCGGAGCCGGCCCAUGCAGCAGGUCGGGGCUCGGGGGCGGGCGUGCGGGGCCGUGCCUGCUGUCCUCGCCGCCCGGCCUGGGCACAGCCUUCCCGCGGCGGAGCGGGGCAGCGAGCGCAUCCGCAGCGCCAGGGGCAGCUCGGGCUGCACCGCCUUCAAUGCGCCAGCAGAGGCACACGAACUUGGAGCAAAACCCGAAAGGACAUACGUGUCUUCAGGCAAAAAUAGGAAGGGCUGAGUGAUCUAAAUAUACGGUCACUGUGAGAUCUCAAAUAAUAAUCGAGGACUUGUAAUUUUGACUGAGCCUCAGUGGGUGCCGUCUGCAUUUCCUAUAUUUCAUGUCUGUAAUUAAUAAGUAUUCCAUAAGCAUCAGUGUUUUAUCUACCAGAACUAAUACAUUAUUCCCUUCCAUCUGUGUCUGAGCCCAGCAUAAUGUGGGAAAUACUUUGAUGAUAGACACUACUGGCAGCCCAUUUUCUUUCAGUGUCCAAGAUGAGGCUGUGGACAAAAGCAACUUUAAGAAAUGCAACCAGAUUGCUUUUUACAGGCGUCAGAAACUUCUACGUCCUGGAAAAUCCUUGUAUCGAGUGUUGUUGGAUUCAGUCACAUUAAGUGACGAGAAUGUCAAAUUCCAAAUCAUUCAUGAGGAGAAUAAGGUUCUUCUACAAGUAGAAAUUUAUGAAAUAGAAGGCAAUAUUUUCAGGAUUAAAAUUGAUGAAGCAUCUCCUCUCAGAGCAAGAUACAAAGUUCCUGAUGUUAUUAUAAAGGAACCUACCACCCAGAAACUGUUCAUAUCCCACAAGGAGGCAGGUAUUUUGGUACUGUCAAGUGUUAAUGAGGAAUACAAACUUCGAAUCACAGCAAACCCCUUCCAAGUUGAGCUGCAGUGCAAGGGUGAAACUGUUAUGAGUGUGAAUUCCAAUGGUUUGUUGUAUUUUGAGCACCUACAACCACCUCCCACUGACAGAAAACCUACAGCACAAAAUGAGGAGGCAGCAAGUGAUUCCUCUAAGGAAAAACAAGAGGAUCUAGGUCUCUGGCAAGAGAAAUUUGGCAGUUUCUUGGACAUCAAAGCUCAUGGUCCUACUUCUGUAGGCAUGGACUUCUCUUUACAUGGAUAUGACCAUGUUUAUGGAAUACCACAACAUACAGAAACACUUCUUCUCAAAAACACCAGUGAUGGUGAUGCCUACCGGCUUUAUAAUUUGGAUAUUUUCGGCCACAAGAUACAUGACAAAAUAGGUAUUUAUGGUUCAGUACCCCUUCUCUUAGCACACAAGCCUAACAGAACUUCAGGAAUCUUCUGGCUGAACUCUUCAGAAACACUGGUGGAUAUUAGUACAAAGGCAGUAGCUGAGCACACUCCAUCCAGAUCUGCUGCAGAGACUGCUAAGCAGAGAGCAGUGCCUCUCACUGAUGUUCGGUGGAUGUCAGAAAGUGGGAUCAUUGAUGUUUUCCUGCUGAUGGGACCCACUGCAUUUGAUAUCUUCAAGCAGUUUGCACAACUGACAGGCACACAAGCCUUGCCCCCACUUUUUUCUCUGGGCUACCAUCAGUGCAGGUGGAAUUAUGAGGAUGAACAAGAUGUCAAGGCAGUGGAUGCUGGCUUUGAUGCACAUAACAUUCCUUAUGAUGUCAUAUGGCUGGAUAUAGAGCACACAGAUGGCAAGAGGUAUUUUACUUGGGACAAAAAGAAAUUCCAGAACCCCAGAAAGAUGCAAGAACAUCUCAGGAAGAAAAAACGCAAGCUUGUGGUCAUCGUAGAUCCUCAUAUUAAGGUUGAUCCCUCGUAUACCUUGUAUGCACAGGCAAAAGAAAAGGGAUAUUUUGUGAAAGACAGAAAUGGCCAAGAUUUUGAGGGCAUUUGUUGGCCAGGUUCCUCUUGUUACCUGGAUUUCACCAAUCCUGAAGUGCGAAAAUGGUAUGCAGAUCAAUUUGCCUUCAAAACAUACAAGGCAUCCACUAAUAUCCUCUUUGUAUGGAAUGAUAUGAAUGAGCCUUCGGUCUUCAAGGGGGCAGAACUAACAAUGCAGAAAGAUGCUGUGCACUACAACAACUGGGAGCAUCGGGAAGUACACAACCUCUACGGAUUCUACCAGCAAAUGGCAACUGCAGAAGGACUCAUCAGACGUUCUUCGGGAAAAGAGAGACCAUUUGUCCUCACAAGAUCUUUCUUUGCUGGAUCACAGAAAUAUGCUGAUGUGGGAGGGUUUAUUGGAGAUCCAGAGCCAGAGUUACUUGUUCGCUGGUAUCAGGCGGGAGCCUACCAGCCCUUCUUCAGAGGUCACUCUAACAUGGAGAGCAAACGGCGCGAACCGUGGCUCUUUGGGGAGAAGAACACCCAGAUCAUCAGGAGAGCCAUUAGAGAGCGCUACGUCCUCCUGCCCUACUUAUACACUCUGUUCUAUCGGGCACACACGGCGGCUGAACCCGUCAUGAGGGCUCUCUGGAUAGAGUUUCCAGAGAAAAUUGAAACUUUUGAUGUGGAAAAUGAGUACAUGCUGGGAAAUGCUUUGUUGGUGCAUCCAGUCACAGAGAAAGAGGCCAAGACAGUGCCAGUUCUGUUUCCAGGGUCAGAGGAGAUUUGGUAUGAUUUCAGAAAAUUUCAGCGAAUGGAAGAUGCAGGCACAGUGAAGAUCCCAGUAACACUGGAGGAUAUUCCUGUAUUCCAGCGGGGGGGCACUGUGAUACCUCUGAAGACCUCAGCUGGAAAAUCCACUGAAUGGAUGAUAGAUAUUUGUUAUGAACUCCACGUGGCCUUAGAUGCAGAGGCCUGUGCCAUAGGUGAGCUCUACCUAGAUGAUGGGCAUUCAUUUCAAUAUCUCCACAAGAAGCAGUUCCUGUAUCGGAAAUUCACUUUCCAUAAGAACAUUCUCUCCUCCAGCUGCGUAGAUGAAAGUGGACAAUACCACACUACAUGUGUAGUUGCACGGGUGAUAAUUCUGGGAUUCGGAAAGCAACCCACUUUGGUGACAGCCAGUGCCAAGGAUGGGAAAAAAAAAGAAGUGGUUUUCACAUAUGAUACGAAGACCUCUGUACUGACACUGGGAAACUUAGCCCUGAGUGUUGAUGCUGACUGGGAGAUCUGUAUCAGCUGAAAGAAGACACAGCUUCUUCAGAGAAACUGUCCAUUGAGAGGCUGAGGAGAAAUAAACUGGGAGGACUUCAGAUGUUCA